AAUCGCCACACACUAUCAGUCCUACCAGGCAGAACACCGCUCAACAUGGCUGCUGCUCAACAGUAGAGGCACAGAGCUUCUAGUCCACUUACGAGGAUAAACACCAUUUUCAACGGGAACUGUCCACAACGCGAGCGUCGGCGAAUAAGUCUGCAGGAUGAAGAGGAUCCUGAUGUGGCACCAGUGCAGCUUAUAAACCUGCAUACUAAAAAGUGAGAAUAAUCCAGAGGCUUCAGCUUUUCUGCUGCAGCUAUUUGCUGUCACACUGGCAGAGGAGGUGGAGCAGGAGGUGUUGCCAGGUGGGGGACCGAGGCUGCACCCUCCUGCUUUUUCCAUCGUCCUCCGACUCCACCGCGUUGGCCCUCAGCUGGUCGACCGUCAACCCCGGACUCUCGCAGGCGAUAGGACCUUGUUUGGCUUGGGUAGACCUGUGUUGAUCGGGCUCUGCCAAGUGGCAUUGGCUGGUUGAGGAGCAGGAGCAGAGCAUGCAGAGUGGUUGUGGUUACCAUGGAGCCGAAGGAUAAGAAGCAGGAGGAAGAUGCUGGACCCCUGGGCCUGUCGACAGGCCAGGCCCUCAGUAAGCUCCGGAACCAGCUUAGCACUCUCCUGGAGCAGCACCAGAGGACUGCAGGGCGCCGGGUCUCUAUACAGGAACAGUGGGUCAGCAGCUUCCUCUAUCAUGGCAACCGUCACUCCUGUCUGCACUGGCCUGGUGCAGCCUUCACUUUGCUGGUGGUACUGGGGCUCUUCUGUUGCCAUGGCAGCCAGCCAGAUGGAAGCUCUGGCAUUGAGCUGGUGAAUGCUAUAGCCCUACUUCUACUCUUUCUGCUCAACCUGUUGCUUGUCGGACGCCAGGAGAAACUCCAGAGGAGUGAGAUGGUCAGGCGGCUCAAACGUAUCAUCACUCAGCUCAGUGAUUAUUUAGCUGGAUCAGUGGGUGAAUCACGUUGGCCACCGUCACUUUACCCUGACCUCUACACCCCUUCGUCCCCCUCAUGGUCACUUCACUGGACUUACCGUGACUCACAGCUGGUAAAUCUCCCAGUUAGUCUGCUGGUGGAAGGUGAUAUCAUCGCUCUCAGACCUGGACAGGAGGCGUUUGCGUCGCUGAGAGGGAUCAAGGAUGAUGAACACAUUGUUUUGGAGCCUGGAGAUUUAUUUCCACCUUUCUCCCCCACUCCCUCCCCUCGAGCAAAUGAGAAAAGAGGACCUGAGAGUCCCCAGCAACAUCGUUUGUUCAGAGUUGUCCGUACCCCGAUCCUGGACAUGGUGAGGAAUAGUUUGGAGAUGGCUCAUUCUCGACCAAUCACGGUGCUUGACAAUGAGCGGUUCACUGUGCAGUCGGUGAUCACCAAGCUUGUUUGUCCUGUGGUUCUGGUGGUGUUUUUCCUGGUUAACACUAUCCGGUAUUUCUGUGAUGCCCCAAGCCUCACACCUCCCUGCUACAAUUUCUUCCAGAUUCAGCUGAUGGGUGUCCUACCCAUAUUACCCUUGCUCUUCCCUGUCAUGUGGGUCCUUGUGAAUGCCUUUGGAGAAGCUAGGGUCCUCGCUGAGUUCAGCCGCGCAUCACCAGCUGGCUUGCUUGCUAAGUUUUCUGAGGACACUCUAAGCAGCUACACCGAAGUGGUAUCCACGCAGGAGAUGCUGCGCUGUGUGUGGAGACACUUUGUCUGUGUGUUGAAGGGAGAAUCUCAGACCCUCUGCUACACAUCCAGCCUUCUACACACUCUUGGCUCAGUAACUGUGCUGUGUUGUGUGGACAAGCAGGGUAUUUUGUCGUGGCCGAACCCAAGUCCAGAGACAGUGCUGUUCUUUAGUGGAAGAGUGGAACCACCACACAACAGCCAGGAUGAUCUACAAGACGACCUAUCUGUGGACUCCUACUCAAGAUUGGAGAUGGAUGACGACAGAGAAGGGUCACAGGAAGGAGAAGCACUGCUCUGUCUGCCAGUGGAGUCUUCUGCACAUCAGGGAGAUGGUCCGGAGCCCAGUGAGACAUCUUAUGAUACUGCCCGUUCGACUGAUACGGUACGACUUCGACGCCCCUGCCAACCUACCAAUGCUCGUACCAAACACCACUCUGGAUCCAAUGUUAGCUUCAGCCACGACACAGAGGGAGGCGAGGACGAUCAGACCCAGGAUUUUGCCGUAGGCUGCCCAGAUGCAGAAGCCGAUGACUUUGUAUGUGACUACCACCUUGAGAUGCUGAGUCUCUCACAGGACCAGCAGAAUCCAGCCAGCAUCCAGUUCGAUGAUCUUUCCUGGCAGUGCCACCUCCCCUCGCUCAAACCGUUGGGCCUCAAUAUUAUGUUGAAUCUUUGUAAUGCCAGCGUCACUCACCAGCUCUGUCGUUUUUCGGACCACCUGUCAAACCUGGCGCUGCAGGAGACCCACGGCACAGUGCUGCCAGUCUAUGUCCCGUGGGGGCUCUGUGAACUCUCAAGACUCAUAGGAUUCACGCCUGGAGCCCGAGAGCUCUUCAAACAGGAGAGUCACUUGGUUCUUUACCAGCUGCCAACAGGAGAGAAGACCAAGGAGCUAAGUUCCCGCCGCCUCCACUACUUUGCCAGAUGUCAACCUCCAAUCUCUCAUCUUAUUUCCUUGUUCGUCCGGGACUCCUCCUCCAACAAUGUCCAGAUGCUGUCACAUGGCUCAGCCGACCUUAUUCUGGAAGCUUGUACUGAUUUCUGGGAUGGAACUGAUAUUUACCCUCUCUCAGGCUCCGACAGGAAGAAGGUUUUGGACUUCUACCAGCGUGCCUGCCUUUCAGGCUACUGCUCUGCUUUUGCAUACAAACCUAUGCAGGUGUCUCUGUCCAGCCAGUUGAAUGGGAAGUGUGUAGAGCUAGCCCCUGGCCCAUGCCUCUUCUCUGGGCUGGACCUACCCUCCACCACACCCAUUAAACAUCACUCGUGCAGGAACAGCUGGAGCUCAGAUGAGGGUAUCGGAGAGGGUGUGGACAGAGAGGACUGUGUGCAGGCUCUUAGCGGUCAAAUCUUCAUGGGCAUGGUGUCGUCACAGUUCCAGGCCAGGUUGGACACUGUCAGACUCAUUGAUGCCCUGGUCACUGCUUGUAUCCGCUUUGUUUACUUUUCAAUGGAAGAUGAACUCCGCAGCAAGGUCUUUGCAGAGAAGAUGGGUUUAGAGACAGGCUGGAACUGUCACAUCUCUCUGACCCCGAAUGGAGAUAGUCCCUGUGAUGGCGCACCAGCUAGUCCGAGUCAGAUUUCCUUUCACGAUGACCUACACCAUGAUUCUCGAGAUGAGGCAGAGGGACCACUGCUGCCGGAGGAGGAAGCCCACUCUGACCAUGCCAGUUUUCAGCCCACAGACAGUGAUGUACCCAGCUUCCUGGAGGACUUCAACAGAGCCAAACUUCCGCGGGGAAUUCACCAAGUUCGACCUCAUUUGAAGAACAUCGAUAACGUGCCUCUAUUGGUGCCUCUUUUUACCGACUGCACCCCUGACACAAUGUGUGAAAUGAUGAAGAUAAUGCAGGAGAAUCGGGAGGUCACCUGCUGCCUAGGAAGUUCUGCUAACUUUCGUAACAGUCGCCUCUUUCUUCAGAGUGAUCUCAGUAUCGCCCUGGACCCACUGUACCCAUCCCAGUGUUCAUGGGAGACUUUUGGUUACGCCACAGGUGGUGGAGGAUUUAAUGGAGAGGUUGAAGGGUUAACACCGUUGAGGCUCUCUGGGCAGCUUAACAGCCUUGGCAGCUCUGUCACCUUCCACCAAGGGGAGAGUGUCAGCAUGGUCAAGCUCAUUGAGCAGGCACGACACACCGUCUACGGAAUCCGCAAGUGCUUCCUCUUCCUGCUUCAGUGCCAGCUCAGUCUGGUCAUCAUCCAGUUCCUGGCUUGCCUGGCUCAGUUGCCGCCUCCGAUGAACACCACUGACAUACUCUGGCUGUCCUGCUUUAGCUGCCCGCUGCUUAGUGUCUCACUGCUAGGAAAGCCACCUGACAGUUCAGUCAUGACUGUUGCCACAGGGAAGAACCUCGAUGCCAUUCCUCGCAAGACGCAGCACUAUUUCCUGGGCUGCUUCCUCCUGAAGUUUGGCCUCACAAUGUGUGCCUACUUGUUGGCCUUUGGCUUCACACUGCAGGGGAUUUGUCUCAAAAGUGGCAAGCUCACGGUGGCUGACAACAGCACUGGCACCUGCCUUCAUAUCCUCACUGCCAGCUCCUCAGACAACGCACCCCAGUGGUUCAGUGAGCUUUCCAACAGCCUGCUGCUGACACAGAAGGUCAUGGCUGCCUUCCUAGUUUUACACACAGUGGUGAUCUCCUUCAGCUACGUCCAUCGCUCUCAGCCCCUGUGGAGGAAGAGCCCAUUCAGCAACACCUGGUGGUGUCUUACUGUUCCUGUCAUCCUGGUUGGUCAGCUUGUUCAGGCUACGAUAGAUUACCAUCUCUGGCGCAACCAGAUGGGUGUCUUCACAUUUAACCUGGAGGACAUCCCCCUGCUGUCCUGGCUGCUGGUGUCCGUCUCCACACUACUGGUGAUGUUUGUCAACGAGGUGGUGAAGCUUCAUGAGAUUCGGGUGAGGGUUCGAUACCAGAAGAGACAGAAGCUCCAAUUUGAAACCAAGCUGGGAAUGAACUCCCCUUUCUAAAGCCUUCUCUCUGAGGAUGUCUACUGGGUCGCAAUACUGGGAAUCACUCACCCCUCUGUGGAAACAGAGACGGGACUGGCGCCAACACUGUCUGUGGAUUCUGCAAGCAGCAGCAUGAUGGCGCUGUUGAUGCUCCAGAGACUUUAAACUGAUAAAGAUCAGCUUUCAGAAGAGCAGGGAAAAAGACAAUUCCAAAGAAAUUUAUUUUUAACUAAAGAAAAAAGCCAAAAAGAGAUGGGCAAUUAUUUAUCUUUUGGUUUUAGUUUGUUUUCUAAAGGCAUGAUGAUUGUUUGUGUUCUCACACCCGUGCUCGUGUCCUUCAUCCCAAAGAGACUUGUGCAUGGUCACCGCCAUCUCCUGGAAAGUCCAGUUUCAUCAACAGUCCAAGAAACAAACAAACAAAAAAACAUUUUACUGUAUUUUAUUGGUCAUUUAAAUUUAGCGUCAAAUGUUGUGUAACAAACUAAUGUGAGCUGAAGGUCGCACAUUUUCGUGCGUUUGUGUUCAAAUGUUUCUUUUCAACCUUUUUUGAGCUGAGCUUAUGUGAGACGUUUUGUAAGGGAUAAUUCUGGUAUUUUUAAGCUGGCCUGACUUGUUAUUCAAUGUGCAUUUAUUUUUAUUUUAGUUUGCACAUGAACAUGCCCAGCAUCUUUUUUAAACUUCUCUACCCCCCACUCACAUCCUCCUCUGAUACUGAUUGAAUUGAGGAUUUAAAAAAUGGUUAGCUAUCAUGUAUUCCACUAGUUAAAAAAAUACAAGUGAGAGAUGCAUUCUUAUCUGUAACAGGAUUCAGCUGCUUUUUAUCAGGCAGUAAAUUGAUUUCUGUGUGACUCAUACUCAGGCCACUAUUAGACAUGGACUGCAUAUCACAUUUGGCUUGGAGAUUACAUCAAUAACUGCUAUUUUGUCAUUUAAAAUUGACCGCUAAUCUGAAUCUUAGAUUUAGAUUUCGGAUCUUCAACAAAUCCCAGAAUUGUCUCUUAAGAAACAGUUCUACAGAUGUGUCUGCUGCAGUCUUUCUGCUUCCAGGCAUGUUCCUAAUGGUGCUUCAUAUCAUUCUGCUGCCUUACUCAGCUCAGGUUGUUGUUUACAAGCAUCAGAAAUGUAAAACCCUCAAAUGUAUCCCCUCCAGAGUUCUCAUACUGAUAUAUGUAUGGAAGUAAAUCUGUAGCGCAUGUCAGGGGGUUGUAAAAGAUCCCCCAGAAUUAUAACUUUAUCGUCCAAACACUUUAGAAUGUUGUACCUCAUGUAAUGCAUGGAAGUGACAGAAAACUCUGUAUUCACAGUCUUCAUCUGUUGAUGUUGAGACAUGAGACCUGACUGUCCGAGGAAGUGAUGCUCCGCUGUCAGUAAAUAUGGAAGCACAUUUGCAUUGUCCUGAAAAAUACUGACCUCUCCUUGGUUCGAUUGAAUCCAUUUUAUCAACCAGCCAGUCAGUGCAUUACUGGUGAUAAAACUGUCUCGAACAUUGUUCUAAAUCAGAUUGCAUCAAAUGUAAAAGGCUUGCAUGAACUACUUUGGAGCAGGUCAUGCCCAUUUAAUUGUAAAUUAUCAACUGCUGUAAUAAAAAGUGAAAAUCAUGCUCGGAUGUCAGUGAUUUGGUUUGAAACCCACUUGUCAUCAGGCUGAACGUGUCUCUGUGUCUCCGCUAUGAGGUCAACAGGGGGCGUUGUCCCAUAUCGUUGAUCAGAAGCUUUAAUUGCAUUAAUUACAUGCAGUUUCACUUAUUUCUCAUCACAGUUCAGCAGUAGCAGAUCCAUAACCUAGUUAUUAAAAUCAGACACAUUGACAAAUUGUAGCUGAAAGUGUAAGUUAAUGUAUCGCCUUGAAAACUGUAGUUAUAUGGCUAAACAAUCGUUGCAAAUAUCCGUUAUUUUCCAUGUUUCUUUACCAGUUAGGUGUUCGUCAUGGCUGUAGACAAGUCAGUGUUCGGUCCUGUGCAUUGUUGGGGUUACAUCUCCGGUUUGGGCUCUGCAGGUCAGGCAUGCGUCUGUGUG